AAUAACACAUUUUAGCUAAAAGGGGCAGAGUGACUCCUCCUACCUUUUUAACUAUCCGCUGCCCAAAACCCGCGAGAGUUUUACGGCAGUGCGCAGCUUUUCGAAAUCUCGCAGUUCACGAGAAUACGUCCGACAUCACAGUUAUCGCAUUAAGCUGAUUUUAACGUCUGUUACCACAUAGACAGGAUAACAUUCACCACGAGGAGCUCAAACGGUCUGUCCACAGCUUGCAAAUGUCUGACAGUGAGGACAGCGACUUCUCUGACAACCAGAGUGAACGCAGCAGUGACGGAGAGGCCGAAGAGGUUGACGACAAUGAGGAAGAGGCGGCCAGCCCUGUGGGCAGCGACAAAGUAGCAGACGAGGAGGGGGAGGACCUGGAGGAUGAGGAGGAAUAUGAUGAAGAGGAGGAAGAGGACGAUGAUGACGAUCGCCCGAGGAAGAAGCCGAGACACGGAGGGUUCAUCCUGGAUGAAGCCGAUGUGGACGAUGAAGAUGAUGACGAGGAGCAGUGGGAGGAAGGAGCAGAGGAUAUUCUGGAGAAAGUUAACGAGGAGGCUGAAGUGUCGAACCUGGACUAUGUGGUCCCGGAUGAAGAUCACUCUGGAUCCAGACGGCUGCAGAACCUCUGGAGAGACUCCAGAGAGGAGGCGCUGGGCGAGUACUACAUGAGGAAAUAUGCCAAGUCCUCAGCAGGCGAGCACUACUCUGGAGGCUCGGAGGAGCUCUCUGAUGACAUCACCCAGCAGCAGCUGCUUCCUGGAGUCAAGGACCCCAACCUGUGGACAGUCAAAUGCAAGAUCGGAGAGGAGAGGGCGACGGCCAUCGCUCUGAUGAGGAAGUUCAUCGCCUACCAGUUCACCGACACGCCUCUGCAGAUCAAGUCUGUGGUGGCGCCCGAUCACGUGAAAGGCUACAUCUACGUGGAGUCGUACAAGCAGACGCACGUGAAGGCGGCCAUCGAGGGCAUCGGCAACCUGAGGAUGGGCUUCUGGAACCAGCAGAUGGUUCCCAUCAAGGAGAUGACGGACGUCCUGAAGGUGGUGAAAGAGGUGACCAACCUGAAGCCCAAAUCCUGGGUCCGGCUGAAGAGAGGCCUGUACAAGGAUGACAUCGCUCAGGUGGACUACGUAGAACCGAGUCAGAACACCAUCUCACUGAAGAUGAUUCCUCGGAUAGACCUGGACCGCAUCAAGGCCAAGAUGAGUCUGAAAGACUGGUUCGCUAAGAGGAAGAAGUUCAAGAGACCCGGACAGAGGCUGUUUGAUGCUGAAAAGAUCCGGUCUCUGGGAGGAGAGGUCAGCCACGACGGAGACUUCAUGAUCUUCGAGGGGAACCGGUACAGCCGGAAAGGCUUCCUGUUCAAGAGCUUUGCCAUGUCUGCUGUGAUCACAGACGGGGUGAAGCCCACGCUGUCGGAGCUGGAGAAGUUCGAAGACCAGCCGGAGGGAAUCGAUCUGGAGGUGGUCACUGAGUCAGGAAAGGAGCGUGAACACAACCUUCAGGCUGGGGAUAAUGUGGAGGUGUGUGAGGGAGAGCUGAUCAACCUGCAGGGAAAAAUCCUCAGUGUGGAUGGCAACAAGAUCACCAUCAUGCCCAAACAUGAAGAUCUGAAGGACCCUCUAGAGUUCCCAGCUCACGAGUUAAGGAAAUAUUUCCGAAUGGGCGACCACGUGAAGGUGAUCGCUGGACGAUACGAAGGUGACACCGGUCUCAUCGUGAGAGUGGAAGAGAACUUUGUUAUCCUGUUCUCAGACCUCACCAUGCACGAGUUGAAGGUUCUGCCCAGAGACCUGCAGCUCUGCUCGGAGACGGCAUCUGGUGUUGAUGCUGGAGGGCAGCAUGAGUGGGGGGAGCUGGUCCAGCUGGACCCACAGACAGUCGGCGUCAUUGUUCGGCUGGAGAGAGAAACAUUCCAGGUGUUGAACAUGCACGGGAAGGUGUUGACCGUCCGGCACCAAGCGGUGAACCGCAGGAAGGACAACCGCUUUGCCGUGGCGCUGGACUCGGAGCAGAACAACAUCCACGUCAAAGACAUUGUUAAGGUCAUCGACGGGCCCCACUCGGGCCGUGAAGGUGAGAUCAGACACCUGUUCCGAGGCUUCGCCUUCCUGCACUGUAAGAAGCUGGUGGAGAACGGAGGCAUGUUCGUCUGCAAGACCAGACACCUGGUUCUGGCUGGUGGAUCCAAGCCCAGAGACGUUACCAACUUCACGGUGGGGGGGUUUGCCCCAAUGAGCCCUCGCAUCAGCAGCCCCAUGCACCACGGUGGAGGAGGUGUUCAGCAGAGAGGGGGAGGUGGAGGAGGAAUGGGGCGGGGCCGAGGACGACGAGACAACGAGCUGAUUGGUCAGACGGUCCGGAUCUCCCAGGGUCCUUACAAAGGAUACAUUGGGGUGGUGAAAGAUGCGACGGAGUCCACCGCCCGAGUGGAGCUGCACUCCACCUGUCAGACCAUCUCCGUGGAUCGACAACGACUGACCACCAUGGGAGCCAAGAGACACGCUGGGAUGACCUCCACCCAUGGACGCACCCCCAUGUACGGUUCCCAGACCCCCAUGUAUGGAACCGGCUCCAGAACACCCAUGUAUGGAUCUCAGACUCCGCUUCAUGACGCGGGAAGUCGUACACCUCACUACGGCUCUCAGACCCCGCUGCAUGAUGGGAGCAGGACGCCGGGUCAGAGCGGCGCCUGGGAUCCCAGCAACCCCAACACACCUUCCAGAAACGAUGAGGACUAUGACUUUCCAUUCGACGACGAGCCCUCCCCGUCUCCUCAGGGCUACGGAGCAACCCCCAACCCCCAGACCCCAGGUUACCCAGAAGUCCCGUCUCCACAAGUCAACCCUCAGUACAACCCUCAGACUCCUGGGACUCCUGCUAUGUAUAACACCGAGCAGUAUUCGCCGUAUGCCGCCCCAUCCCCACAGGGCUCCUACCAGCCCAGUCCCAGUCCUCAGAGCUACCACCAGGUGGCGCCCUCACCUGUCGGAUACCAGAACACACACUCACCAGCCAGCUACCACCCCACGCCCUCCCCCAUGGCUUACCAGGCCAGUCCCAGUCCCAGCCCAGUGGGCUACAGUCCCAUGACCCCCGGAGCGCCCUCUCCUGGAGGCUACAACCCUCACACCCCGGGCUCCAACAUUGAGCAGGGCAACAGCGAUUGGGUGACCACCGACAUCCUGGUCCGAGUAAAGGACUCUGUCAUGGAUCUGAUGGGACAGAUCGGGGUCAUCAGGAGCGUCACGGGAGGGAUGUGCUCGGUGUUCAUGCAGGAAACAGAGAAGGUGGUGAGCAUCAGCAGCGACCACCUGGAGCCCGUCACACCCACCAAGAACAACAAGGUGAAGGUGAUUCUGGGAGAAGACCGCGAGGCCACAGGGAUCCUGCUGAGCAUCGACGGAGACGAUGGCAUCGUCCGCAUGGAGCUGGACGACCAGCUGAAGAUCCUCAACCUGAGGUUCCUGGGACGCCUCGAGCACUGAGGGGCGGCCGGGGGGGGUGUUACUGUACCAUCUGUCCUCUCCGCUCGCUUUUUGUUUUAGGUUUUCUGUUUAGUGUCUGAAUCUGGUUUUAGUGCUUCUCAUCGUUUUGUCGGGACUGUUGGAGGUUUAAAUCAUCGUGUCAAUAAACUGUGAAGCCGU